UGUGAAAAAGUUAUCUAAAAGCAAAUAAAAUGAAAUAAUUACCAACAAGAGAUCUCAAAAACAGCAAAAACUGUUGUCUUUUAUCUAAAACUCAACAGAGUCAAGUGCAUCGUUUUACAAUGUUGGCUUUUACUCAUAAUUGAAUUAUAGUAGUAAAAGUGUGAUAAUUUAAGUUCUUUUCUAAAAUAAAAAGCAAACAAAAAGAAAAAAACCAUUUUCCGGCUUUGUAUUUCCUUAAAUAUUAUUGACAGUGAAGUGCAAGUCAUCUGCAAACAUAGUUAAACGGUUGACGGCGACAAAGAACGUGUUUAUAAUAUAGUAAAAGAUACAAUAAAAAUAUACUAACAAUUAAAUUAAUAACUGAAAGUUCAUAUGGCGGACACCAACACUUCGAUAACAACUUCGAAAGAGAAGUCAAGUUCAGUAUUUACACUGAAUGAUUUCAAUUCACGCACAAAUUUAACCGAAAAAGCACAACUCAGCGAUGAAUAUAACCCAGCUGAUUAUCGUGACCAAGUCAAGGGUCAAACAACAGGGGGCGCUUUGGCGCAUUUACUAAAAAGUUCAUUGGGCACCGGCAUUUUGGCAAUGCCAAUGGCCUUUUACAAUGGCGGUUUGGUGUUCGGUAUGGUUGCAACGCUGAUUGUGGGUUUCCUUUGUACGCAUUGUGUACAAAUAUUGGUUAAAACGUCACAAGAAAUCUGCAAAGAAAUUCGCGUACCCGCAUUGAACUUCGCCGAAACAGCUGAAAAAGUUUUCGAAAACGGACCGAAACGUUUACGAUCAUGGUCGGGCUUUGCGAAGAAAUUCGUUGAUGGCGGUCUUAUGGGUACCUAUUUUGCUGCCGCUUGUGUGUAUAUGGUUUUCAUUGCCACUUCGUUUCACGAUGUCAUCGAAUAUGAUACCGGCAUAAAAUGGGAUGUGCGUGUUUAUAUUGCCAUCGUUGUAUUACCUUGUUUACUUAUUGGACAAAUUAGAAAUUUAAAAUGGCUCGUACCCUUCUCCGCCAUGGCUAACAUAUUUAUCGUUGUCACUUUCGCCAUUGUGUUGUAUUAUUUGUUUAGCGGCGAAAUGGUAUUCUCCGAUAAACCUCUGAUUGCAAAAGCUACACAAUUACCACUUUACUUUGCCACCGUCAUCUUUGCUAUGGAAGGUAUUGGUGUAGUUAUGCCUGUUGAGAAUACCAUGAAGAAACCACAACAGUUUCUCGGUUGUCCUGGUGUUUUGAAUUCCGCCAUGAUUAUCGUCGUCUCGCUGUAUGCAGUUAUUGGUUUCUUGGGUUAUGUGCGUUAUGGUAGCGAUGUGCUUGGCAGCAUUACAUUGAACUUGCAAAAGGGUGAACCAUUGGCUGAUGUGGCGAAAUUAUUAAUGGCCGUUGCCAUACUUUUCACAUAUGGACUGCAAUUCUACAUACCAAUGGAUAUUUUAUGGCGAAAUAUUAGCGACAAAUUCAAGGAAGAGAAUCACAAUAGAACACAAAUACUAUUGCGUACUGGCAUUAUACUGAUAAGUGGUGGUAUUGCGGCUGCCAUACCAAAUCUUGAACCGUUCAUCAGUCUUGUGGGUGCUAUUUUCUUCUCAUUGCUUGGCAUAUUUGUACCAAGCGUUUGUGAGACUGUUUACUUGUGGCCCGAUCGUUUGGGCUGCUGCAAAUGGAAGCUGUAUAAAAAUAUUUUCUUAGCUACCUUCGCGAUAUGCGCUCUAGUUGCUGGCUCAGUAGCAAGUAUAGAAGAAAUUGUUAAAAUAUACAAAUGA